AUAUAUAGAGAGAUAGGUGUUGAUCAAAAUGUAGAGAAGGCAUCUGAUAUCCAGUUAUUUGCAUACUUAGUUAGCUAGGCAGCCUCCAUUAAUAGCAUGGCUAACACCAGUAGUACUUCACCAGUCAUAACAUGCAAAGCUGCUGUGAUAAGGAAACCUGGGGAGCCACUGCAAGUAGAGGAGAUUCAAGUGGAUCCUCCAAAGCCCACUGAAGUUAGGAUCAAGAUGCUUUGUGCCAGUAUGUGCCACACUGAUAUCUUAUGCUGCAACGGCUUCCCUGCUCCUUUGUUCCCUCGGAUCCCUGGCCAUGAAGGAGUAGGUGUGGUGGAGAGCGUUGGUGACGAGGUGACGCACGUCAAGGUAGGAGAUACAGUUAUGCCACUCUAUUUGGGAGAAUGUGGAGAAUGCCAAAACUGCAGUUCAGGGAGGACAAACUUGUGCCAUAAGUACCCCCUUGAUUUCAGUGGCCUAAUGGCUGACGGCACAUCCAGAAUGUCUGUUGGCGGGGAGAAAAUCUACCACGUUUUCAGCUGCUCCACCUGGUCCGAAUACAUUGUCCUAGAGUCAUAUUAUGCUGUCAAAGUAGACCCAAGACUCUCUCUUCCCCAUGCUAGUUUCCUUUCUUGUGGUUUCACAACAGGUUUUGGAUCAACCUGGAGAGAAGUCAAUGUGAAAAAGGGCUCAACUGUUGCUGUAAUUGGCCUUGGUGCUGUUGGACUAGGGGCCGUAAAGGGAGCUCAAAUUCAAGGGGCUGCCAAAAUAAUCGGGAUAGACAUAAACGAGUUGAAGCAAGAGAAAGCAAAGGCCUUUGGGAUCACAGAAUUCAUCAAUCCUAAGCUCUCAGACAGAUCUGUAUCAGAGUUGAUCAAAGAAGCCACUGGAGGGCUUGGCGUAGACUACUGUAUUGAGUGCACGGGCGUGCCGGCCCUCCUCAACGAAGCCAUAGAGGGGUCGAAAGUGGGACUUGGGACAGUAGUGUUGAUUGGUGCAGGGCUUGAGAAGAGUGUGGAGCUCAACUACAUUCCCCUCUUGUGUGGUAGAACUGUGAGAGGUUCCAUCUAUGGUGGAGUGAGAGCUCAGUCAGAUCUUCCUAAAAUUGUUGAGAAAUGUGUCAACAAGGAAAUUGAUCUUGAUCACCUCAUCACUCAUGAGGUUUCACUUGCUGAAAUUAACAAGGCGUUUGAGUACAUGAAGCACCCAGACUGUGUCAAGGUUGUCAUCAAGUUCUAAGACAAAUCCAGCAAAUUGCUUUUUCUUUUUCCUCUUCGUUUUAUUACAUAUAUAUGUGUUGUGUGAGAUUUGAGGCUGUCUGGCCUCAGUUUGUGUAUUAUCAUGUCUACAAAUAAAGACCACUUGAUAUGGUUAAUCAAAUACAGAUGAAUUGCAAAUA